CUGCGUGGUAUAAUGUUAGCAAGAGCUAUGAAUCGUUUUCAAUGCUUGACAUGUGCAUCCGUAGUUUUCGGCAGUCGACUUGUAGAUCUGACCCUCGCAUGCAACCGACUCUCACUCAAGCACAACUUUCGAAACCUGUAGCUUGAACAUCAUGGACAUCCUGUUGUAUCCCCAAGCCCCUCCAUUUCCCCUUCCCACAUAUCUCAACUCCCUCAGAGUUAUUAACCAAGGUAUUCUUGCACCUAGUCGAUGCAUGUCGACAUGAGGCAAAAGUCAUGGGUUACUAUGGUCGUCUACCGUACGAUUGGCUUCCAGUCACUCAUGUUUGUCGUUUUUGGCACGACGCCGCCCUCGGAUGCCCUUCAUUAUGGGCUUUCAUCGAUAUAUCAUUCCCUGUCGAGCGGAUUAAAAUGCUGUUAGGGAGGUCUGGAACAGUCCCACUCAGCGUAAAGCCUGCCUCCAGGCUUGCCCUCAGUUUUCGUUCCCGUGACAUGAUAGAUCAGAGCGUUCUGACACUAGUGCUGCAAGAGGUGCCUCAAAUCAUGAAGCUGGACGUCAUGGUCACGGAAUCACUUUCAACCAAGCUUGCGACGGUUCAACAGAUCUCUGUGCCUCAGAAACGCCGCUAUCAAUGCUUCGUUCCCUCAAAACAUUCGGCUUCACGUUCUCGAAAGCAAAAACAUUGUUUCGACCCUAAUAACGGAAGCUUGUCCUCGAUGCGACCGAGUACUCUCCUUUACGUGAAGUGUCAGAAUGCAUACGAGACUACGCCUUUCUUAUCCUCACUAGACCUCCGCGCAUUCGACACUCGGGACGAUAGCGAUACUGGCUAUCCAGAGAACUACAAGGCUGUCGAUUUGAAUCACUUGCAAUGGUUGCAUAUUGACGGCAGUCAAUAUUAUAGUUGCUUCCUUCGUAACCUCGAGGUCGCACCAGGAGCAUCGGUGUUCCUUGACAUGUCGACUAAUUAUAUGUUUGACUUUGGGCACAUCAAUACGAUGAUUUACGGUGCUAUAUGAUUCUGCGGACUACCAAGAGGCGAUGUGGUGCCGCCCCCGUCACAUAUGCUGCGAUCCGUGGUUCUCGAAUACCGCUUUCUGGACAUCUGGCCGGCUCAAAAAGCAACAAUAGAGAUCCAAGGCUGGGAUGUUGCCUUUCCUCAUGAUAUAUUUUCACGGGCAGUUGAGGGCCCUGAAUCACUUCCUCGGCCGUUUAUUCAUCUCAAACUCACAUGUUCCGUCAUAAAUGACGACGUGGAAGUGUUAGCUCAUUUCUGCCGAAACUUCAAUUUUGGGGAGCUCCAUGCCUUGAUUUUACUCUUCGAUGGUCAAAGGGAUCUUGACAAUGAUACCAUGGGGCAAGGAUUAGCACAUAUAUUCGAUCGUCCCAGUGUCGAAACACUGGUCAUGCCGGGUUGGAAUGCGAAAUGGUUGGCUGCGCUGAUCACGACGGGUGACUGUGACGUUUCCAUCCAUUCUCCAGAUGACCCGUUGCCUUCUCGAAUUCCGCCAAUAACCUUUCCAUGUCUCA